AACUAACCCCCCCGUCUGACCCCAUCGAACCCUCGCCCAACCUUCGAGUCUACUGCCCCGAUAUCUCCCUCACGGUCCAAGCGGGUGCACCAUUGGGUUACACAACCAUUCUGGACCGCUGCCCUUAGGAGCAGCAGCAAGAACUACGACAAUCCCCCAGGCAACCACUACCACUCCUAAUACUAUAGCUGGAACCCGGUCCCGGUUUACCAGCUGUCGGCGCCCACAAUGGGUUUCUUCGGUGUCUACACGGCCCUCUACGACUACCAACCGCAGGCGCAAGGUGAACUAGAGCUUCGCGAGGGUGACCUGUUAUACCUCCUCGAGAAGAGUAGUGAGGAUGACUGGUGGAAAGCCAAGAAGAAGGCGGAACGGGAUGAUGAGGACGAGCCCGAGGGCCUCGUGCCCAAUAACUACGUAGAGGAGGCUCAACCAGUUCACUCAGCAAGAGCACUUUUCGACUACACUCGCCAAACAGAUGAAGAAGUAUCGUUCUCAGAAGACGCAGAACUGCUGGUGUACGAUACAGCGGAUCCGGACUGGACCUUGGUCGGGGUCAACGGAGAUUACGGGUUUGCCCCAGCAAAUUAUAUCGAGAUUGUUGAAGAGACCGCCCAUGCUCCCGCGACGUCGUCUGUUCCCUCGCCCCCUCCCGUCGAAUCCGCACCUCCGACCCUCCCGCAGCGCCCACCGGCAGCACCUGCGGAAGAGACCAGCACCCCGGUCUCGAGUUCGCCCAUCGACACUGUCCAUAACCCAGCAGCCGCUGCGAUUGCUGAUAUAAUUCACAAGCAGCAUGCGGAACCUGAAGCAACCAGAGCUGUGCCGCCACCUCCUCAGCCCCAGCCAUCGUAUGAAGCCGAACCAAGCUAUCAGCGGGAGCCCUCGCCGCCACCGCCAGCUCUGCCACAGCGUCCCCCGUCCCAGCAGAUAUCUCCACGGAUAGAGUCGCCUCGGUCGCCAACCCUACCCCCGCGUCAUCCCCAAAUCUCCGUGACUCAGGAACAGGAUCGCAAGGGACACGUCAAGGAGUCUCCACCUUACAACAGAGUUGGCCCUGCGCCCCGUUCUCCUUCGGGCUAUCAUAUCUAUAAUGUCAAUGAAAUGGUUGAGGUGAUGGGCAAGAGAAAGAAGAUGCCCACAACCCUGGGCAUCAACAUCGCCACUGGAACAAUCUUCAUCUCCCCGGAAGACCAUGGAGAAGAGCAGGAAUGGACGGCUGACAAAUUGUCCCAUUACUCUAUCGAAGGAAAGCACGUAUUUGUUGACUUGAUCCGCCCCAGCAAAAGCAUUGAUUUCCAUGCCGGCGCAAAGGACACUGCGCGAGAGAUCGUCUCCGCCCUCGGCGAGAUAUCUGGGGCCUAUCGCGCAGAAGGUCUGAGAGAAGUCAUUGCGGCUGGCUCGGGCGGCGGAGGACGGAAAAAGGGCCAGAUCCUCUAUGAUUUCGUAGCACAGCAAGAUGAUGAGGUGGCGGUGAAUACUGGUGAUGAAGUCGUCAUCCUUGAUGACAGCAAAUCUGAGGAAUGGUGGAUGGUGCGGCGCCUGAAGAAUGGAAAGGAGGGCGUCGUUCCGAGCAGUUAUGUCGAGAUUACCGGUUAUGUCUCUAGCAGUCAACCAUCAGCUGUUGAGUCGGGCUUGUCAGCCGUGGAGAGGAAUCGUCUUGAAGAGUCACGAUUGGCCAAGGAAGCAUUGCGCAAAUCGCGGACUGAUUCCAUUGAUUCGCGAAGUGCAGAGCACCAAAAGCGUGACAGCCGAAGCAGCCAGAAGUCCAAACCUGAUCCAGCCAAGACAAGACAAUGGACUGAUCGCACCAAGACUUUCACUGUGGAGGCUCAAUUCAUCGGCCUCCAGGACGGCAAGAUCCACCUCCACAAGACCAACGGGGUCAAGAUCGCAGUUCCCAUCCCGAAAAUGUCUCUUUUAGAUUUGGAAUACGUUGAGAAAAUCACUGGAGUGUCGUUGGACGAGGACAAGCCACUCUCUGACAUCAAACGUCGUUCAAUCCAGCGUGCAGAACCUGAAAACCCUCGAGCUUCGACUGAGAACAAGCGCCCCGAGCCUGCUGGAGCUUCAUUCCAGCAAUCCGAUUAUGAUUGGUUCGAUUUCUUUUUGAAGGCAGGAGUUGGUCCACAUCAGUGUGAGAGGUAUGCUCAGAACUUCGUCAAAGACUCAAUGGACGAGAGCAUUCUCCCAGACAUCACGCCGGAAGUCCUCCGGACGCUUGGCUUGAAGGAGGGCGAUAUUCUGCGAGUAAUGCGCCACUUGGAUAGCCAGUUCGGCCGUACUGGCGCCAAGUCUAAAUUGCGCAACGUAAGCUUCGGUGGCGAGGAAGUUAUCAGCAACGGCGAAGAUGGAGGUGGCCUUUUUUCGGGUCCUGGAGGUGUUCUACGCAAUAAUACUCGCAAGAAUAGACCAGCACCUGCCGUCCAGACUGGGGAUGUGGUUGAUCCUAAGGCUUUUGAGCAGAAGGACGACUCCAAGCCCGCGGAGCCAAAGGAAUCCUCUCCGACUGCUGCUGCCGCCGAAAAGCCCGUCCAGGGUGGUUUUGAUGAUGAUGCAUGGGAAGUUAAGCAGCCCAAGCAGACUGCUCCUGCGCCGGCUCCCGCGCCGGCUCCCGCUCCAGCCGCCACCGCCGCAGCAGCGCCGACUUCACCCCCCGCUACAGCGUCGCCUGCGACGACGCAACCGCCAACGGCACAGCUCACUGGAGCGAUGGCAGACCUGUCUAUACUCCAUCCUCCUUUGCAACCAACCCCUACCCAGCAGACUCCUGCUCCUCCCGCUUCGCAAGCACCUCUAGCUAUCCAACCCCAACCAACUGCAAUGCCCGCGCCUAUACCCCAACAACCACAGCAGACGGGUGCUACGCCUAGCUUUUUCUCCCAAUUAGGCCAGCCAGCACAGCAGCCGCUUCAGAACACCGCGCAGGGAUUCAGUCCCCAAGCCACUGGGUUCCAGCAGGCUUCCAGGCAACGCCCACAGCCUCCUCAGACUAUGGGUCAGAACUCGCUACUUCCUCCCCCACCUCAGCGACCACUUUCUGCUCCCCAGAACUUCCCUCAACAACAAAGCUCUUUUGGUCUUCCUCCAUUGCAACCUCAGCUGACAGGAUUACCUCAAGCGGGGCUUCCCCUUGCCGCACCGGGUCAAAGUCUAGCCGAACUAAACCAGCAGCGAUUCCAGCAAUCGCUGCUCCCGCAGACAACAGGGUUCAUGCCUCAGAGUCAGUUCCAGAAUGGUUUGAUGCCGCAGCCAACUGGUUUCCAGCCACAGUCUCAGUUUGGUAUCCAGCAGCAACAGCAACAGCAACAGCAACAGCAACCUGGCUUCCAGGGACUUGCGCCUCAGCCCACUGGCUUCGGCUUUCAGCCACAGCAACCAAUGCAAACUGGCAUCAACUCUGUCCUUCCCCCACCUCUGCAGCCUCAACCCACCGGUAUGAACGGUGCCGGUAACAUGCCCUACAAUACAUCACUACCGCCAGUCCCACCAAUACCUCAGCAGCCAACAGCUGCACCUCUGACUCCACAAAAGACUGGACCCGCACCCCCAAUCCGGUUCGGUGUCAAACAUGAUGCUCCCAAGAAGCUUGCCCCUCAGCCGACGGGUAUGCGGGCUAAUCUUGCACAAGCCACACCUACGAAUCCGUUCGGUUUCUAAUCUGAACAUGUAUAUAAUCCGUUUUCUUCUUCUGCGGCAUAUGACAUAUAUCUCAUACAUUAUUUACUUUCACCCUCGGCGGCCCCGAACGCCAAUCAUAAAUAAGUCGCAUACUCCUGCUUCUGAUGUCGUAAUGCGUACUGCAACCCAGUCAUGGCCUGCCAGAUCGAUCCAUGCAGU